CUUUCUAUUUGACUACGACAUCCUUUCUAAGCAACUUCAUCUCACAUCUAAUCGUCGUCACCCUAUUUGUCUUUCGUCAAAAUGAAGUACAUCGUCGUCAGUGGUGGUGUGAUUUCCGGUAUCGGAAAAGGUGUGAUCGCAUCUUCUACCGGUUUGUUACUCAAGACAUUAGGAUUAAAAGUGACUGCUAUCAAAAUUGAUCCAUAUAUGAACAUCGAUGCAGGUACAAUGGCUCCAACCGAACAUGGAGAAGUUUUCGUUUUGGAUGAUGGAGGUGAAGUGGAUUUAGAUUUGGGAAAUUAUGAACGUUACUUGGAUGUCACUUUGGGUCGGGAAAAUAACAUCACAACUGGAAAAAUUUACAGGGAAGUUAUUGAAAAGGAAAGAAGAGGAGACUACUUGGGAAAAACUGUUCAAAUCGUUCCUCAUUUGACAACAGCAAUUCAAGAUUGGAUCGAACGUGUGUCCCACUUACCAGUCGAUGAUACCCAAUCCACUCCUGAUGUCUGUAUUGUGGAAUUAGGUGGAACUGUGGGUGAUAUUGAAUCGGCACCUUUCGUUGAAGCUUUACGUCAAUUCCAAUUCCGUGUCGGUCAAGAAAACUUUGCUUUGAUUCAUGUCAGUCUUGUUCCCGUUGUGGGAGGAGAACAAAAAACAAAACCCACACAAGCUGCCAUUCGUGAUUUACGUGGCCUCGGUUUGGUACCGGAUAUGAUUGCUGCCCGUUGUGUGGAACCUUUGGACAGAAGCGUGAUCAACAAAUUGUCCAUGUUCUGUCAUGUUGGUCCGGAACAAGUGAUGGGUGUGCACGAUGUAAGCUCGACAUAUCAUGUUCCCCUCUUGCUGGAAAGACAGGGAAUGGUACAAUUCUUUGAAAAGAGACUGCAUUUGGACGUCAAAGGAGGAAUUGCACCUGCAAUGAAGGAACGCGGAAACGAUUUACGGAAGCGAUGGAAGGAACUAACGAUCGGACAUGAUCACUUGUUGGAAAAGGUGGAAAUUGUAUUGGUCGGAAAGUAUACCUCUUUGCAAGACAGUUACAUCUCUGUCGUCAAAGCAUUAGAACAUGCCGCUCUACGUGUACAUCGUCGAUUGGAUCUCAAAUGGGUCGAGGCUGGAGAUUUGGAACCACAGACAGAGAUCGAUAACCCUGUGCGAUAUUAUGCUUCUUGGCAGAGCAUCUGUUCUGCAAAGGGUAUUUUGAUUCCAGGUGGAUUUGGAUUGCGUGGUACGGAAGGAAUGAUUGGUGCUGCCAAAUGGGCUCGUGAACAUCGUGUGCCGUUCUUGGGUAUCUGUUUGGGUUUCCAGAUUGCGGUUGUAGAAUUUGCACGGAAUGUAUGUGGAAUUCAAGGUGCGGGAUCGGCAGAAUUGGACGCCAAUACAUCUGAUCCCGUUGUGAUUUAUAUGCCUGAGAUCUCCAAGACCCAUCUCGGUGGGACGAUGAGAUUAGGAUUGCGUCCAACUCUAUUCAAUAAGGACAGUGAACGUUCAAGCAAGAUCCGUAAAUUGUAUGGAGGAGCAGAAGCUAUUUGGGAACGUCAUCGUCACAGAUAUGAAAUUAACCCGGAAUACAUCGAUAGAAUUGAAAGAGGAUCGUCCAAAGCAACAUCUCAACACACCUCAAACGGAGGAAGACCUUCUACACCUCCACCAAAGGGACUGCGUUCGUUGCCAACAAGCCCUUCUCUCAACCGUCAAGAUAGCGCUUUCCGUCCUAGUACACCUGUCAAAGCUGGAACAGAUAAAUUAUUAUUCAUCGGAAGAUCGGAAUCGGGUGAACGAAUGCAAGUUGCUGAAUUGAUGCCAACAUCUUCUUCCGAUAAAGGACAUCCCUAUUAUGUUGGAAUGCAAGCUCACCCUGAAUUUGCUUCUCGACCUUUGAACCCCAGUCCACCUUUCUUGGGCUUCGUUGCAGCUGCUGCCGGACAAGAGAUUUUAGAAGAACAAUUACAUGUUCAAAAGAAUUACCAUGCACCACAUCCACCAAGUUUGAUGAUUUUAGAAAGUGAACGGUUACGUAGACAAGAACAAGAAGCAAAAGAAGGAGUCGCAAUUAAUGGAACGACGGAAAAACCUGCUACUACACCUCCAGGAGCAUCGAAUUAAGGAACGUUUUGUAUUGUGUUAAUUUGAUUGCAAUCUUUAUCUCGUUAUAUAAGCAAUGGAUUGAAUAAAUACCGCGGAGAUAAGAGGAACUUGGAACAUGAUGUGCUCUUCCUAGAUAUGAGGGUUAUAAGCUGAACAGACAUCCUAACCCUAAGUAUGAA